UGUUUUUUUUUUUUUUUUACCAAAGUUUGACAGAUGCAGCAAUGUCAAUUCUAUUUACAAUUGUUGCAUUUGAAUAAUUUGUUUAUUUAAACAUAGAAGACAUUUACUCUUUCGAGAAUGAGUAGCCUGUGGAUGGGAAAUCUUGAGCCGUACAUGGAUGAGAAGUUUGUCUCCCGUGCCUUCGCCACCAUGGGGGAGCUUGUCAAGGGAGUCCGAAUCAUUCGAAACAAAAUGACUGGGUCAGCAGCGGGUUACUGCUUUGUAGAGCUUGCAGAUGAAGCGACGGCAGAACGAUGCCUUCUUAAAAUCAAUGGGAAACCCCUGCCAGGGGCAACGCCUCCUAAAAGAUUUAAGUUAAACCGGGCCACUUAUGGAAAACAGGGUGAUAGCAGCCCUGAGUAUUCCCUGUUUGUUGGUGAUCUGACUCCUGAAGUAGAUGAUGGGAUGCUCUAUGAAUUUUUCCUGAAGCGAUACGUGUCCUGCCGGGGAGCGAAAGUGGUUUUGGACCAGCAGGGCAACUCCAGAGGCUGCGGUUUUGUGAAGUUUAUGGAUGAAAAUGAACAGAAACGGGUUCUUAAGGAGUGCCAGGGAUCACUGGGGCUCGGAGGAAAGCCGUUACGGUUAAGUCUGGCUGUAACUAAAGCGAGUAAGCCAGCGCCACCUGUAGCAAGCUAUCCCCAAACCUACAACUACAACCAACUACCAUACAACCAGUAUUACCAGGAGUACCAGGAGUACCAGGAGUACCAGAAUUACUACGCUAACUGGGGCUAUGAUCAGAACACAGGGAGCUACAGCUACAGCUAUCCCCAGUAUGGGUACACACAGAGCGCCAUGCAGUCCUAUGAAGAAGUAGAUGAUGAUGCCCUUGAAGAUCCAACCCCCCAGAUUGAUGUUGAAGAAGCCAACCGGCAGUUUAUGGAGCAAAGCGAGGAGCUGUAUGACGCACUAAUGGACUGUCACUGGCAGCCUUUGGACACGGUGUCUUCAGAAAUCCCAGCUGCGCUCUAGGGUUUGUGUAAUUGGAGGAGUGAUGUGCAUUAAGCAGACAACCUACAAUCAACAGCAGAGAGGACACACUUCGCUGCUCUGAACAUGCUGCGCUUUUAAAUGGGUUGAAGAACAAUGUUGACUAUCGUUUAAAGUCAAGAACUGUCAGCCAAGGGAUUAAACUUUUCAGUCCCUUCUGUGUAAUGCUGGUGGGGGGUCAGGGGGGGGGAUUGUCAAAAAGGACUUCUAUUAAUGUGUCAGUUUUUUGGGGGUUAUCCUGGGUAAAUCAACAGAAUAUUUUGGAACUUUUGUGUUUUUAUUAUAUAUAUGCUGUAUAUAUUAUUACCCAGUUAUUUUCGUUGUCUGUAAAAUAUAAAUUCAUAGAACCCCAAAACAGCAAUGGUAUGUGUAUAACGUUUAUUUUUUUUUAAAACAGAGAGAACCCCCCCCCCCCAAAAAAAAAACAAACAGAACAAAUGUGGGGAAAAAACAGCAGUAGUAAAAUAAAGAAGAGAGUUGUGCUUGAUGGUCCAGGAGUAGACUAGGAGAGAGAACAGAGAAAAAUGUAAUGAUCUUGAUAUUUUAUAGCAGUACUUUAAAUAAAUGAAUACAAGGUGUAAUCCCAUGAACAGAUAACGGGGGUGCUGUGUACAGAAUAGAUUUGAUCAGCCUGUUAGCUCUACACACGCAGUCCUGGCUCCUAAUCAAUAUAGCGACUCUGUUUUGAAAGAAUGAUUCCAUGCACCGUUCCCAGGCAUGCUGUUGAUGUCUACAUAACCAUUGCCACCCUGC